GAGGCAAAAUGAAAAGAUGAAAUACAGAAGCCGUUUGAUCAAGGCGACCUCCGCCAUCCCCACUGCCACAACCAGAAUGAACCUGGCCAACUCCGACCGGAACCGGCGCCAUUCGCCCGUUUACCGUCGGACAGAUGCACACCGGAUACAUGGGAAGCACGACAACAACAAUCAACAAGUUGCCGGACUCUCUGGGGUCAUGGCCAUAAGUGUGGAUAUCCCCAAAGAUGUGUUUGAGUUUGCCCGUGGGGAUAAUAUCACUCUGCCAUGUUCAUUCACAACCACUAAGCAGGAUCCCGAACCAAUUGUAACAUGGAGUGUUGAAAACACUGCAGGCAAAGAGACCACUAUACUGACAUACUAUGGUUUUUCAAAUGCUCUGGACAUUAAGAAGAUUUUUGAAGGCCGGGUUGGACUAGAUCAUAACGUUGCCAGUCGAAAAGUCGACUUAAAGCUGAACAACAUAAUGCUAACGGACAACAAAAAAUUUGAGUGUAAGGUCCAAAUCCCAGGCGAUGAUGAGGGUAAACUAUCAGACACCACCAGACUGCUGGUUCUAGUGGCUCCAUCUCCACCCAUUUGUAAGAUCGAAGGAAAGGUAGAGUACGGCCAGGACAUCCAACUUACCUGUGUGUCAGAGGAGGGCUCCCCCACACCCACAUACAAGUGGCAGGGCCGUGAUGUCAGAAAUACACCCAGGCCAAACCCCACAAGAGCUACAGACGAAAAGGGAGUCUUGUCUCUCUUUAAUAUCACCAAGGAGAUGUCUGGGUUCUACAUCUGCACAGCCUCCAAUAAGAUAAGAGCGGCCACCUGUAACCUCACACUCUCGGUCAUGCCCCCCUCUGUGAAUGUAGGUUUCACUGCAGGGAUCAUUGGAGCUGUGGUUGGUGUUCUGGUUAUUCUAAUCAUCGUCAUCUACUGCUGUUGCUGCCGCAAAAAGAAAGUGGAGGAGGAAUAUGCCAUGGGAGAGCCAGAAGGAGGACAUUUUCAUGACGCGGAGCCUGAGGAUAAAAGGACCAAUAAUCCCGAGAUAGAGAGGGAAGACCGUGAGAGAAACAUGGACCGUCGUGAUCGGCCCUCUGAGCACAGCGACAAUGACUAUGACCGCCAGAGUAGCUACAACCGCAAUAGUGACCGAUACUCUGAUAUGGGGGAUGACAAUGCUAGCCGACACGAGAGAAAUGAUGAUCGUUAUGAUGAACGACGUGACCGCUACAAUGAUCGUUAUGAUGACCGCCCCACCAGUCGGAAUCACUAUGAUGAUAGGGACAGGCCACCCAGUGUGCCUCCAAACAAGCCUUUUAGAGACAAUUACGACUAGAAAGUGUCAACUAUGAAAAAUGCCAUAGAGUGCCUUUUACUUUAAAUGGAAUUGGAAUGAAAUGUAUCAUGGCCAUUAGAGGCAGAGGAGCACACGGCUGCAGACUUAAUGAUUUCUCCCUUUUCCCAAUGUCAGUUAGUAUUGUGACAAAGGUGCAUAUGUUACCACAUACAGUUUUAUAAUUAUCUCCAGAUGGGAAUGGGAUUUGCUGCAACAUAAUGGGACUUUUUUGCAUAUUCAUGAACCCUGAUUUGAAUCAUAUUCUUUGAAAAAAGCG